AUGGCUCGAAAGGAAAAGAUGUCUGGUACUGUGGUUGGUGGUUCAGAAGUGUGGCUGGUUGAAAAGUGGGAUUGUUUCCCAUCAGUUGAUGGGGGAGGGGUGGAUUGUUCGUUGGCAGCCUUUGGUUGUGACGUUGUUAGAUACUCUGUCGCAAUUGGAGGAUCUAUACUAGGCUGUACUUUCAGAUUUCCUUGUACUACUUCAUUGGUAGAAUGUCGUGUGAAGUUUCCUAUCAUUGAGAUCUUAGUAGUAGCAGAAUUGACGCUUGGGGAAGGUUUGCCACCACCGGAGGAGCUCCGUUUCCCUCUCCGACGAGACGUGUUCAAAGACUUGCCUCAAGGGAGAGAACUAUUUUUUACAACCUCAACUGAGCUAUUAGACUGUAGAGGCAUCACUUACGAUGUCUUGACUUCUAUUAUGCGUUCAAACUCUAGUCUCACCGCUGCAACGGCUACCGAUCGGGAUUCUUACAUUGGCCUUUGGGAUGAUUGCAUUAAUAGGAUCAUAUCCAAGUUUUGUUCCAUCGAAAUGGUAUUCGUACGGAAAUCUUCAUCGUCUCUCGCGGAGACCGUACAAGAUCAAUGGCCUAAUGUUACUGCUUUUUUAAGGAAUUUUUGCUUGUGGAGAGGAGAGGAAACUGAUCAGUUAAGAGAAGGUCAAUUAGAUCCGUCCUCUUCUAUUGUAGAGAAAUUCCUUUGGAGUUACAUGGACCUUCCUUACGUGUUAGGUUACUAUGCCGUUGGAUUUGUUGUUACUUUCUGUGCGUUAAGUCGAGCACAGGACCGUAUCAUCCGAACGGAUCUUUACACAGUGGAUCUAUCAGCACCAGUGGAAAGAUUAAAAGCUUUAGUCCCAUUUGGGGAAUGGAAGAAAAUUGUAGUGAUAUAUGAUUUUCUCGAUCACAGAAUCCCACACGCAGAAUUCGUGGUUAAGGCAUCGGAAAAAGAUCUCGCAUUGGUAUUCAAGCCUAGAGAUUGCAAAAUGAAGCCUAUUAAUUGUGAUGAAUUAAUAGAAGCAUUGAAACAGAUCACAAAAGCGUUAGUUGCACUACAUGAUCUGUCAUUUAUGCACAGGGAUUUGGGAUGGGAUUAUAAGGUCAUGAGGAGGGAGAACGAAUGGUUCAUUACUGGAUUCGAUGAAGCUGUGACUGCACCUCAGCUAUAUCCUCACGGCGAAAAAAAGGAGCAGCAGCAGCGCCGGAAAUGGGAAGGAAUUAUCACGGAGUGA